AGAAGCUUCGCCGUCAUGAUUCGAAAGGUGGCAUGUAUUGGUGCUGGGUUUGUGGGGGGUCCUCUGGCCACGGUUAUUGCCUAUCAAUGUCCGGACAUCCAGGUCACUGUUGUGGACAAAAACAAGGAGCGGAUUGACGCUUGGAAUACAAGGACCCCUCCACUGUAUGAGCCAGGCCUCGAAGAUGUUCUAUCUAGCGUUCGGCAGCGAGAGACCCAGUGUAAUCUUAUCUUCUCGACAGAUAUUGAUCACGCCAUCCGAGAGGCGGAGCUUAUUAUGCUGUGCAUUGAUACCCCUACCAAAGAAAAUGGCAUUGGGAAAGGGCUGGCAUUAGAUUUGGCCAACACGCAGGCUGCUGUCAGGACCAUAGCGCAGGCCGCAGAGUCGGACAAAAUUGUCGUGGAGAAGUCGACCGUCCCGUGUGGAACAGCAGACAAAAUUCGGGACUUGCUUGAAUCGAAUUCUAAAACCGGCUGCCAGUUCGAGGUCCUUUCGAAUCCUGAGUUCCUCUCCGAAGGAACCUCAAUUACAGAUUUAUUAUAUCCGACAAAAGUUCUGAUCGGCCACCAACAAAGGCCAUCGUCGCGCCGAGCAGCUGAAGAGCUGGCUGCGAUAUACGCCCGGUGGGUAUCACCCGAGCUUAUAAUCACGAUGGACCGUUGGUCAUCCGAGCUAGCUAAACUGGCCGCCAACGCAAUGCUAGCGCAGAGAAUCAGCAGCGUGAACUCGUUAAGUGCGAUAUGUGAAGCGGUCGGAGCAGAUAUUGAGAGCGUGAGUGCUAGUUGCGGGAUGGAUCCUCGCAUCGGAAAGGGAAUGCUGAAGAGCACCCUUGGAUGGGGAGGCGGAUGUUUUGAGAAAGACAUCUUAUGUCUUGUCUACUUGGCUCGCAGUCUAGGUCUCACUCCCGUGGCAAAUUAUUGGGCAUCCGUUGUGGAGAUGAACGAGUACCAGAAGUCGCGAUUCUUUAUGCGCAUUGUCUCGUCUAUGCACGGGAGUGUCGGGGCAAAGUCCAUUGCGAUAUUAGGGUUUGCCUUCAAGAAGAAUACAUCGGACACGAAGAAUUCUGCAGCCAUUCCUCUCGUGCAAAGCCUGCUCCAAGAAGGCGCCCUCGUCUCCAUUUACGACCCUAUGGUUCCGCCAGAUCGCAUCCUAACAGACGUCAAUGCGGCCGGUAGCCACUCCGCAUCCGUCCAAGUGAGCACAUCAGCGUACGAAGCAUGCAAUGGUGCCGAUGCAGUAGUCAUUGCGACCGAAUGGGACGAGUUUCAGACCCCGAUGCCGACAGGCGACAUGCGAAUGGCCACGGCAAAGGAUACUAGCAUCGAGGAGCCCUGGUCUCCACCAAGUACACCAAGCGAUAAAGAGGGGAGACUGAACUGGAAUUGGAUUACGGAUCAUAUGCGUCCGCCCAAGUUUAUUUUUGAUGGGAGAAAUAUACUGGACAGGCAGUAUCUAGAACAGCUGGGGGCUCGGUAUUUGAUUGAAAAGGCUGAGAGAAAAGGUCUUUCACCGGACGAUAUUGUGGCUACGAUUACUCGCAUCACAGCUCAAGCGAUCGUCGACCACUACAAGCGAUAUGCGCCUAAGCACCUGGAGAUCACCGAGAUCUUUAUGUGUGGCGGCGGCGCUUACAACCCUAACAUCACAUCUUAUAUCCAGCAACAUUACACCAAUGCCCAGAUCGUAUUGCUGGAUGAGGCCGGUAUCCCGGCUGCCGCUAAGGAAGCUAUUACUUUUGGUAUGGAGGCCAUUGUUGGACGCUCUAUUCCUGUCCCGACGCGCGUGGAAACACGUCAGGAAUAUCUCUUGGGCAAAGUGUCCCCUGGCAAGAACUAUCGAAAGGUUCUACAGAAGGGCAUACUUUUUGGAGCCGGACGCGAUUAUCUACCACCGCACACUGGCCAUUAUGACCUCUGCUAA